GGAGUCUUGCUCUGUCACCAGGCAGGAGUGCAGUGGUGCAAUCUCGGCUCACUCCAGCCACCGACUCCCUGGUUCAAGCGAUUCUCCUGCCUCAGCCUCCCAAGUAGCUGGGAUUACAGGCAGGCGCCACCACGCUCAGCUAAUGUUUUUUUUUUUUUUUUUUUUGAGACGAGUCUCGCUCUGUCGCCCAGGCUGGAGUGCAGUGGCGCGAUCUCAGCUCACUGCAAGCUCCGCCUCCCAGGUUCAGCCAUUCUCCUGCCUCAGCCUCUCCGAGUAGCUGGGACUACAGGCGCCCGCCACCACGCCCGGCUAAUUUUUAAAAUUUUUAGUAGAUACGGGGUUUCACCGUGGUCUCGAUCUCCUGACCUCGUGAUCCGCCCACCUCGGCCUCCCAAAGUGCUGGGAUUAACAAGCGUGAGCCACCGCACCCAGCCAGGCCCAGCUAAUUUUUGUAGAGACAGGAUUUCACUGUGUUGGCCAGGAUGGUCUCCAUCUCCUGACCUCAUGAUCUGCCUGCUUCGGCCUUCCAAAGUGCUGGGAUUACAGGUGUGAGCCACUACGCCUGGCCCACAUAGCUCAUUUUUAGACUCACUUCCAUUAAGUCUUGUUUGGACCCACGAACAUCGUCUUUUUUUUUUGGAGAUGGAGUUUCACUUUUGUUGCUCAGACUGUAGUGCAAUGGCGCAAUCUCAGCUCACUGCAAUCUCUGCCUCCUGGGUUCUAGCAAUUCUCCUGCCUCAGCCUCCUGAGUAGCUGGAAUUACAGGUGCCCGCCACCACGCCCAGCUAAUUUUUGUAUUUUUAGUAGAGACGGGGUUUCACCAUGUUGGGCAGGCCAGGGGUGAUCCGCCCACCUCAGCCUCCCAAAGUGCUGGGAUUACAGGUGUCAGCCACCGCAUCCGGCCAACAUGUCUUUUUUUUUUUCCUUUUUAACCACAAGGAGACUUAAGCAAUCCUUGUCACAGAUGAUGAAUUGAUGUUGCAAGUAUUGUCUUAGCUUGGAUUAAUUUUCUUGCUUACUGUAAUUUUAGAUAAUAUAGCUUUGUAAUUAGAGAUUUUAUGUGUAAACCACAAAAAUGUUUACGUGAAGGCCAUUAUUACAGAUGUGACAUGCAUAAUUAUUGGUAAUUUGUAUGUUUACAUGGGCCAUUCUGGCAAAAAAUUAUGAAGUUUUAAAAAUUAAAAAAAAAUUGUAAUGCCAGUUUUACUGGAAAGUAAAAUUAUUUCAGUAAUCAAUUAUAGCAAAAGUAUUGAUUUUCAUUCUAGACAAAAGUCAGAAUGAAAGGUAAUUUCUCAAUACUCUUUCAUAUUAAUAAAAGUACCUGUAGCGAUUUUUAUCAUUCACAAGUAAGUUAGAAUUUGAGAACUGUGUUCUAGAUCUCUGAGGAGAUGCAGUCAGAUUUCUGAUUUCUGAACUGUCUCAGCAAAUGGUAAGUAACUUAGAGCUAGUAAUUAAUAACCUGUCCUUUGAUUUCUGGUUCAGCCAGAAAUGGCCAUAUUUGGGAAAGGCAGAUCUGGAGAGUAACCACAUUUUCUCAUUCAUUUACCACUUCUAGGCCCCUCCAUAGCUCUCAGAUAUUUUGGGGUUGAGCCCUUCCCCGAAGCCAUACAGGACCUUUUUUUGUGAUCUCUUCUAGCCAUUUUUAUGUUGGGUGCUUGUUAUGGACUGAGCAUUUAUGUCCUCCCCCACCCCCCAUACCUUUUUUGAAGUCCUAACCCCCAGUGUGAUGAUUAGUGAUGAUGAACCAGGUUAUGACCUUGAUUUAUUUUGCAUACCUAAUCAUUAUGCUGAGGAUUUGGAAAGGGUGUUUAUUCCUCAUGGACUAAUUAUGGACAGGACUGAACGUCUUGCUCGAGAUGUGAUGAAGGAGAUGGGAGGCCAUCACAUUGUAGCCCUCUGUGUGCUCAAAGGGGGCUAUAAAUUCUUUGCUGACCUGCUGGAUUACAUCAAAGCACUGAAUAGAAAUAGUGAUAGAUCCAUUCCUAUGACUGUAGAUUUUAUCAGACUGAAGAGCUAUUGUAAUGACCAGUCAACAGGGGACAUAAAAGUAAUUGGUGGAGAUGAUCUCUCAACUUUAACUGGAAAGAAUGUCUUGAUUGUGGAAGAUAUAAUUGACACUGGCAAAACAAUGCAGACUUUGCUUUCCUUGGUCAGGCAGUAUAAUCCAAAGAUGGUCAAGGUCGCAAGCUUGCUGGUGAAAAGGACCCCACGAAGUGUUGGAUAUAAGCCAGACUUUGUUGGAUUUGAAAUUCCAGACAAGUUUGUUGUAGGAUAUGCCCUUGACUAUAAUGAAUACUUCAGGGAUUUGAAUCAUGUUUGUGUCAUUAGUGAAACUGGAAAAGCAAAAUACAAAGCCUAAGAUGAGAGUUCAAGUUGAGUUUGGAAACAUCUGGAGUCCUAUUGACAUCGCCAGUAAAAUUAUCAAUGUUCUAGUUCUGUGGCCAUCUGCUUAGUAGAGCUUUUUGCAUGUAUCUUCUAAGAAUUUUAUCUGUUUUGUACUUUAGAAAUGUCAGUUGCUGCAUUCCUAAACUGUUUAUUUGCACUAUGAGCCUAUAGACUAUCAGUUCCCUUUGGGUGGAUUGUUGUUUAACUUGUAAAUGAAAAAAUUAUCUUAAACCACACCACUAUUGAGUGAAACAUUGAACUCGUAUCUGUAAGAAAUAAAGAGAAGAUAUAUUAGUUUUUUAAUUGGUAUUUUAAUUUUUAUAUAUGCAGGAAAGAACAGAAGUGAUUGAAUAUUGUUAAUUAUACCACCGUGUGUUUAGAAAAGUAAGAAGCAGUCAAUUUUCACAUCAAAGACAGCAUAUAAGAAGUUUUGUUCUGUCCUGGAAUUAUUUUAGUAGUGUUUCAGUAGUGUUAACUGUAUUUUCCAACUUGUUCAAAUAAUUACCGGUGAAUCUUUGUCAGCAGUUCCUUUUAAAUGCAAAUCAAUAAAUUCCCAAAAAUUUA